AUGGGAAUUAGUGAUAAAUUGGUAUCAGAGCUUAUGUCAAUGGCCCUCCCAGCAAAACCCACUUGGGUCACAACACAUAGCUGCGAGACACAAGGAAAGCUGAAUGCGUUGUCGUUCAAACGAUUCGACGUCGUUUCAGACGACUCAGACCACUGCUUCAGAAAUACCGGUCCAGAUUGCAUCAUCAAAACUUCCAGUAAGGCCCACAAGAAGAUCAUGAAAGAGUGGCGAAUCCUGGAAAAACAUCUCCCGGAUUCAAUCUUCGUACGCGUGUACGAGAAUCGCAUGGAUCUUCUAAGAGCAGUAAUCGUAGGCGCCGCGGGUACUCCAUACCACAAUGGACUCUACUUCUUCGACUUCUAUUUCCCACCAAAUUACCCGACCCGACCGCCCCAUGUUUACUACCACUCUCGCGGGUUAAAACUUAACCCGAAUCUGUACUCUGAUGGAAGAGUCUGUUUGUCACUGCUUAACACGUGGCCUGGAAAGAAGUUCGAGGUGUGGAACCCAAAUAAGUCCACCGUGUUACAAAUCUUGGUCUCGAUCCAAGCUUUGGUUCUAAACGAAAAACCGUAUUUUAACGAACCGAGUCAUGGGAUAUUUGGUCGGGCUAUAUGGGAAAACAGGUCGAAAGCUUAUAACGAGGAUGUUUUUUUGUUGUCGUGUAAGACAGUGUUGCUUUUGCUUCGAAGGCCACCGAAGAAUUUCGAGGUUUUUGUGAGAAACCAUUUUCGAGAUCGAGCUGAUUCGAUAUUGAGAGCUUGUAUUGCUUACAUGGAUGGGUCUGUGCGAGUUGGGUACCAUGGGAAUAACAAUGAGAAUGAUGGGUCAUCAUCAUCAUCAUCAUCGAGUGUGGAAGUGUCUGAGAAAUUUAAAGCGUCGAUGGAGAAGUUAUAUUUGGAGCUUUUGGUUGCGUUUCAGAAGAGUGGAGCUUCAGUGGGGAAUUUCGUCGAACGGUUGAAGGUCGAGAAGAAAACGACGCCGUCAAGGUUUCAAGUGGUCGUGAAAAAGAACAACAAGCCUGGGAUUUCGAAGAAAGUCUUUUCGAAAUUAAAGAAGGUUUUGACCUUUUUGGGAUUCGGAAAAGGCAAAGCGGAUGUGAGAUCAAAUGGGAUAGAGGGGACUUAAUUG